CGUCUUGCUCUGGACGGGCGGAAGUAAAAGCCAUCUACCGCUUAUAGGAGCGGUUCAUGGUGAGGUUUGAGUCUUGCUGCCGAAAGACAGCUGUUCUCCAGCCUUUCUGACGGGAUGCAACGUACUCUUUCCUUAAGACAAAUAAGCAUUCCAAAGGGUUUGGCUCCGUGACCAUUAUGGCAUCAAGAAACCUCUGGUAUAUGAGAACUAAUUUUCUCUUUGGUUCAAGAUGUUGGAUGAUUCCAUUUUCAGUAGAAUUUCUCUUUAAAUCCAUUUCAUUGAGGCAUUUUAGUGUAAAGUGUCAUAAUGGAGACAGCCAGCCUUUGGAGAAUGAGGACCUACUGAACAACUUACUCACGAUGGGAGUAGACAUUGACAUGGCAAAGAAACGACAGCCUGGAGUCUUUAAUAGGAUGGUUACUAAUGAGCAGGACCUGAAGAUGUUCCUUCUCUCCAAGGGAGCUAGCAAAGAAGUGAUAGCUAGCAUCAUAUCACGAUAUCCACGGGCCAUCACACGCACUCCUGACAGUCUUUCAAAACGGUGGGAUAUAUGGAGGAAGAUUAUGACAUCAGACCUUGAAAUUGUACAUAUUUUGGAACGUUCUCCUGAAUCCUUUUUUCGCUCCAAUAACAACCUAAACUUAGAGAAUAAUAUAAAGUUCCUGUACUCAGUUGGAUUGACCCGCAAAUGCCUUUGUCGAUUGUUGACUAAUGCCCCUCGUACCUUCUCCAAUAGCCUUGAACUGAAUAAACAGAUGAUUAAACUUUUACAGGAAGUCUGUUUGUCCUUGGGUCACAAUGAUCCUGCAGAUUUUGUCAGGAAGAUAAUUUCUAAAAAUCCUUUCAUCUUAAUUCAGAGCACCAAGCGGGUGAAAGCUAACAUUGAAUUUUUACAGUCAACUUUCAACUUGAAUGGUGAGGAACUGCUGGUUCUGAUAUGUGGUCCAGGAGCUGAAAUCCUAGACCUCUCCAAUGACUAUGCCAAAAGAAACUACACAAAUAUCAAAGAGAAGCUGUUUUCUCUUGGAUGUACUGAAGAAGAGGUACAGAAGUUUGUCUUAAGCUAUCCUGAUAUGAUUUUCUUGACAGAGAAAAAGUUUAAUGCUAAAAUAGACUGCCUCAUAGAAGAAAAAAUUAGCAUUUCACAAAUAAUUGAAAAUCCUCGAGUUCUAGAUUCAAGCAUAAGUACUUUACAAAGCCGAAUCAAAGAACUGAUACACGCUGGCUAUGACUUGAGAACAUCAAAUAUCAAUCUUCUGUCUUGGAGUCAGAAAAGAUAUAAAGCUAAAUUGAAAAAGUUAAAUGGAUAGAAUGCUGGGGAAUUUUCAAAGUCUUUUACUAUAAUUUCAUUUUGAAUAUGGACUUUUUAAAAAGGAGAGAUAUGGUGUAUUAAUCACAGACACAUAAUGAUCCUAUGCAUACUUUGUAUUGUAGGUUCAUAAAAAUUCAUGGUUGGUAUGCUCAGAUAUGAAAUGCAACAUCCCAUCAUGAGAUACAGGCCAUGGCUGCCAUGAAGUGGAAGUUCCUGAUGGAGUGCUUAACAGAACAAUGUAUAGAAAGAAAGUACAAAGUAAACUUUUGUCAUUUUCUGUAUAGAUUGAAAAAUUGACAGGUUCCUUUAGGUAGUUUAGUAUUCUCUCAUAAUUUUGAGUGACAGCUUGUUUCUUCUGUUAUGUGCCUAAUUAUGGCUCAUCUUCAAAGUUUAAUGCCAGUAAAAAUUGUAAAAAUAUGACAAAAUAGGUAUUUUUCAUCCCACAUUCUCCAUUGCACCCACCAGUGUACAUCUUCCCACUCCUUACCCACCACAAUUUACUGUGGAUACAUCCUGAUUUCUUUAAAAAUACAAGAGUAAUUGUGGUAGGCAGAAUAAUGGCAGCAUAAAAAUUUCAAUAUCUUAAUCCCUAGAAACCGUGAAUAUGUUAUGUUACAUUGAAGACGUGAUUAAGUUAAAAUGUUACUCGAUUUGGGAGACUUGAGAUGGGGAGUUUAUUUGGUGGGCUAGUGUAAUCGUUUGGAUCCUUAAAAGAAAAAAGGCAAAAGGAGACAGUGAUGUGAUAGAAGAAAGGUCCACUACUUUUUUUUUUUUUUUAAGAUUCUUUUUUUUGAAAGUCAGAGCCACACAGAGAGAGGAGAGGCACAGGCACAGGCACAGGCACAGGGAGGUCUUCCAUCUGAUGGUUCACUCCCCAGUUGGCUGCAACGGCCAGAGCUGUGCUGAUCUGAAGCCAGGAGCCAGGUGCUUCCUCCAGGUCUCCCACGUGGGUGCAGGGGCCCAAGCACUUGGGCUAUCUUCUACUGCUUUCUCAGGCCACAGCAGAGAGCUGGAUUAGAAGUGGAACAGCCAGGUCUUGAACCGGCGCCCAUAUUGGGAUACCAACGCUUCAGGCCAGGGUGUUAACCCGCUGCGCCAUAGCGCCAGCCCCAUGAUUUUGGUUAUUUUCUAGAGGCAUUUUUUUUCUAGAUGUAAACGUUGAAUUAAGUUAUCUAAUGGUGCUCAGUCUUUUUUAUUUUUUUUAAGAUUUUUAUUUUAUUUAUUUGAAAGAGUUAACGGAGAGAGAAGGAGAGAGAAAGAGAGAGAGGUCUUACAUCUGGUUCACUCCCCAGUUGGCUGCAAUGGCUGGAGCAAUGCAGAUCUGAAGCCAGGAGCCAGGAUCUUCUGGGUCUUCUCACAUGGGUGCAGGGGCCCAAAGACUUGGGGCAUCUUCUGCUGCUUUCCCAGUCCAUAGCAGAGAGCUGGAUCAGAAGUAGAGCUGCUGUGACUUGAACCGGUGCCCAUAUGGGAUGCCGGCACUGAGGUGGCAGCUUUACAUGCUACACCACAGUGCUAGCCCCUGUGCUCAGUCUUAAACCUUAUUUGCUUUCAGUGAUGCCUCAAAAAAAAAAAAAAAAAAAAAAAGCCUGUUAGUGAUAGAAGCAAAAUGCUUGCCUUCCUAAGGUUAUUUGUAUAUUCAUUGUUAUUUGUAUAUUCAUUGUUAUUUGUAUAUUCAUUGUUAUUUGUAUAUUCAUUGAUAUUUUUAUUAUACUUAUCUCUUGAGCUUUGAGAUCAUUUCUUUAGAGUGCUAUAUCUGGAAAAAAUCUGUAACUCUAACUUUGCUUAAAUAUUUUACCUUCACUGAACUUGUUUUCUCAUCUGUAAGACUGAAAAUUGAUCUUCCAGUGCUGGUAGGAUUAAAAUGAUAACAGGGUCAGUUCCUUGCACAUAGUACUCAUAGCUAUUUAUUCAAUGGUAGUGGUAAUACAAAGUAACAAUAGUAUUUUACCAGUUUUCUUGAUAGGUAAUUCAUGUGCCAUGCGUUUCACCCUUUUAAAUACACAUUUCCUUUUUAAAAAUGUUGACAGGGGUACAACCAUUGUCCCAGUCUAAUUUUAGAACAUGUGCUUCCCCCCCCCCCCAAAUAAUUGGUGCCUGUUAACAGUCAAUUUCCGUUAUUUCCCUCCUACUCUGGGUAGUCCUAAGCAAAGUGACUGUAUCUUCUUAAAUAUGCAUAUUCUGGACAUAUCAUUUAAAUGGACUCAUGCAAUAUGUGGUCUUUUGAGUCUGACUUUUUUCAGUGAGCCUAAUGUUUUCAAGGUUCAUCCAUGUGGCAUAUAUCACCAAUGACUCUUAUUUGCGAAAUAAUAUUCCAUUGUAUGGAUAUGGUAGUAAUGGGAAUAAAUUUUCUUGUUGUAGUUAAAAACUCAUGCUUCUUUAAGUCUUCUGAAUUGUAGAGUAUUUUCUGAGGUAUUGCUUUGGACUCUUAAGUUAAUAAAGAACUCGAGAGAGAUAGGCGGAGUCAGCACAUUUUGAGACUGUUACCUGGGCUGUAGAGAAAUAGUGUAACCAACAGUAGUUGCAAGUGCCCACGGAGACUGGGCAAACAGAGUAGAAUAAAGCACUUGACUGCUGGGUGGUGGGGGUUGGGGAAGGGACAACUUGGGAGAAACAAGUGGAUGAUGCCUGUCAGGUAAGAUUGACAUGUCGUACUUUAAGGUUUGAGUCUGAUUGAGGCAUAGUCAAUUCUUUAUUUUAAAAAUUGAAUUGGGGACUAACUUUGUGGUAUAAUGAGUUAAGCUGCUGCCUGUAAUGCCAGCAUUCCAUAUGGCUGCCAAUUGGAGUCCCAGCUGCUCUGCUUCUGAUCCAGCUUCCUGUUGAUGUGCCUGGGAAAGCAAUGGAAAAUGGCCCAAGUGCUUGGGCCCCUUCACCCAUGUGGGAGCCCCGGAGGAAGCUCUUGGCUCCUGGCUCUUGGCUUCUUACUAACUCCUGGUCCACCCUGGCCGUUGCAGCCAUUUAGGGGAGUGAACCAGCAGAUAGAAGAUCUCUCUUUCUCUCUCUCUCUCUCUCUUUCUCUCUCUCCCUAUGUAACUGUGCCUUUAAAAUAAAUAAAAUAAAUCUUAAAAAUUGAAUUGUAAACAUUUUUUGUAAUUAGUGAAAAGAAAAAUCUGUGUUUAUAAUGAGAAAAAUGUAAAACCACACAAAAGCGUUACAAUCUUACUCCUCAGAGAGAACAUUUUGGUGAUCCUGUUUUUCCUGUGCAGAAUAUAGCUAUACAUGGAUAAAAUAUUAAUAGCUUUGUAACAUA